AUGUCUCGUCCUAUCGUUAUUUCAGGUCCUAGCGGUACCGGAAAGUCCACUUUGCUGAAAAAGCUGUUCAACGAGUUCCCAAACAAGUUUGGGUUUUCAGUCUCGUCCACCACAAGAAGUCCUAGACCAGGCGAGGUCAACGGUACACACUACAACUUCGUCACUGUGGAGCAGUUCAAGGAGAUGAUUGCUGACGGGAAGUUCAUCGAGUGGGCCCAGUUUUCUGGCAACUACUACGGGACCACCAUCGCGUCCGUCAACGAGGUUACCAACAGCGGCAAGCGCUGCAUUCUUGACAUUGAUAUGCAGGGUGUCAAGGCCGUGAAGAAGACUGACCUGAAUGCGCGCUUUCUGUUUAUAGCGCCUCCUUCAGUCGAUAGCCUUAGGGAACGCCUGACGGGCCGUGGCACAGAGACCCCAGAGUCGCUUCAGAAACGUCUUGACGCCGCCACAGCCGAGAUGGACUACGCGCAGACUGGCGCUCAUGACAAAAUUAUUGUCAACGACGAAGUUGACGUCGCUUACGCGCAGAUGAAGGAGUUCAUUUUCUCCGAGUGA